CAGAAACAAAAAAAAAAUAUAUAAUAAUAACAAUAAUAAAUAUAAUUAAAUUUUAUGAAUGCUCGGUGCGGUGCAGUGUAGCGCUCAUACAUAGCCAUAGCCCAACUUAAUUUGACUUAAUGUAACGUACAUUUGUCUUUAUAAAUUUGUGUAUUUAUGUGCGAGUGUCAGUGUAUUAGUAAACAAUUUUCCACUGCGUCUGUAUGUGGCCAAAGUGAAACGUACGUUUUUUUUUUUUUGGAAACACUGUUGAAAUAAAUAAUAAACAUUAAUUAAUACAACAACAACAACAACACCAACCACAACAAGCACAACAACAAAGCGCAAUAAUAGCGAUAAAAACUUUUGCCAUUAAUUUGAAGCGAAAGAUAAAAAACAAAUACAUAAAAUUAUAUAUAUUUAUAUACUAAAAUAAAUUAAAAUAAUAAAUAAAAUCGGAGCGAAGUUGCUGAUUUACUUUUUUAUGUUGCCAACAGUCUCAGAACAAGAAGAAAUGUUGUUGCACACAGCGGCCCACAGUCGUUAAAAUGAUUUAAAAACCAAAAAAUUGCUGACUGAAAAAAAAAUUUAAUUCAAUUUAAUACAAAUAAACAUAAAAUAUAAAAAAUAAUUAAUAAUGGAUAUGACAAAGGAUAAUAUUGAUUAUGUGCAUCAAGCGGACAGCUUGAAUGCCAUUCUACCAAAAGUAUCGCCAGUAAUUGCAACAACAACAGCCACAAAUGACAUAAGCGAAGUAACCUUUAAGGCAAACACAGCCACAGUCACACCCACAGUAAGUCCAGUUAGCGCUGCAGCCACUUUAAGUCCACUGUUGCCCAGUACUGGCGGCAACGCAGCUACUACAAGUGCCGCACUGGAGACAAAUACCGCUCCAGUGCGUCCAAAAUCUCUAACGCCAGAUUUAAUGAAAACAUUUGGCAACAUUACCACAGCAGGUGAUCUAACACCACCACCACGCCCAUUGACAUCUAGCGAAGUGGUAGGAUUGACUGCCUCACUUGACGAUCCUGAUAUGCGCGUUGAUACGCCUGUGCCAAAGUCGCGUUCAUUGCCCGCUUCACCCAAUCACUUGACUUCGCUGCCACAUAUGGCGGCACUUUUUGAAUUUGGACGUGAUUAUGGUGUGCCUGCAACACAUGCAGCAUCACUGAAGUUACCCAAACCCACACGUGAAGCACUGCACACAGAGAAAUCACCCAGCAAACCGAAAACGGUGCCCAGUUCCAAUCAACAGUUCUGUUUACGCUGGAACAACUAUCAAACUAAUUUAACAAAUGUUUUUGAUGAACUGCUACAGAACGAAUCCUUCGUGGAUGUCACACUAGCGUGCGAAGGCCAAUCCAUUAAAGCACACAAAAUGGUCUUAUCUGCCUGCUCACCCUAUUUUCAAGCGCUAUUCUACGAUAAUCCUUGUCAACAUCCCAUCAUCAUAAUGCGCGAUGUACGUUGGCCUGAGCUGAAGGCACUCAUGGAAUUCAUGUAUAAGGGCGAGAUAAAUGUGCGACAAGAUCAAAUAAAUCCGCUCCUUAAAGUUGCCGAAAUGUUGAAAAUACGUGGCCUAGCCGAGGUAAGCUCCGGCGCACACGGCGUUGCUGCACAUCCCAUGUUACCCGAACAGCGCAUGACUGUAUACGACGAUGAAGAGGAUGACGAUGACAUAAACGAUGCCAGACAUUUGCUAACUAACGAUGAUGAUGACGAUGACGAUGAGGAAGCUUGCCAUAAACCAAAACGUGCACGCAUACUCGAUGCUGCUUUGGAAAAAUUACGCGCACCCACAGCUUUGGAGUUGAACUUGAGUGCACAUCAUCAACGCAAGCGUUCACGUGAUGGUGCUCUAUUGGAUGAUAGCAUUUUGCGUCGUAGUCGCUCACAUACGCCACUACCAAGACCAACAGAGAAGCAACACAAUGCUGCAGCUGCUGAAAAUGCUCCAGCUAAUGAUGCCGCAUCCAAUACACAACCCAUUGCCAUGACAACUUCCACAAUUGUACGCAAUCCAUUUGCUUCACCAAAUCCAACUACUGCAUCCAAUAAUAGCGUCACUACAAACACAUCAUCUACUUCCUCUUCUACCACUAGUUCUGGCACUUCUUCCUCAUCGGCUACUUCAGCUAGUUCAGCAUAUCGUCCAACGGUUGGUUGCUCAUCUCCACUACCGUCGGCACAUGGCAACAGUGCACAGCGAUCCUCACCAAAUGAUAAUGGUACUCCAAACAGUGCCAAUACACAUUCCCAUCCUGCAGCGGCAGCAGCUGCUGCUGCGGCUGCUUUGGCAAGCUCACAUCAUCCACAUCACUCACAUCAUCAUCUGCAUCAUCCGGCCGCAGCUGCCGCUCAACAACUGGCACAACAACAACUUCAUGCCGCGGCACACUCGCACGCAGCCAUGUCGGCUGCUUUGGGUGCCUCGUUGGCUGCGGCUGCCGCUGGCAGUAGCGGUGGAGGCGGUUCAGGCGCUGGCGCUGGUGCCCAUCAUGAGGAAUUGGAAAUCAAACCAGAAAUCGCUGAAAUGAUACGUGAAGAAGAAAGGUUCUAA